CGCGCUGGUGGAGGUUUCGCACUUUGUUACAGGACAUGUUGUACAGCCUGUGCACCAGUGGAGCCGCUAUCGCGGUUCGAGAUGCGUCGUUUUUAGUGUUGUCCUUUUCGAAAUCAUGAUAUCACGUUUCGACCUAUUUUUUGUUUACAGACAUUAAUGUAAAUUGCGUGUAAAUAUGUGGAAAACAAUAAUUAUUGACUUUAUCAGACGUGACCAGGUUAUCUGAAAGGUAAAUUAACUAGUGCAAGGUGUGACCGCGCGUGAUUUCGAGGUAGAGGAUAGCUUCUUUCUACUCGACUGCCUUCCAUAGCUACUACUGGUUGCCACGAGAUCGUUUCGUGUAGAUGCGUCUUUUUUCUUUCAAGCAGAUCGUCAAGGCUUCCCCAGUGACUUACAGUGAUUUAAGAAUCAGGUUAAAGGAUUACUGAUCCUCCCAUUGUUUUCGCUGUGAAAGUGUUCGACGCACCUCCGAAUGUGAUCUGUUGUUUCAAAACUGUGUAUACGUGCGUUUGAAACGCGUGACACGGAGGAGAAACAAAAUCGAAUAUCGCGAUUUCUUAUUUAAUGAAAAGGAACAAGAAUCAUCGUUCUAUCGCUUUCUCUCCGAACAUUUACCAUGAAAAAGCUCUUUUAACAUUAUCUUGUCGAAUAAUCUUAUUCGAGAAACCUUAUUUCGUGACAAAUAUCUGAAGAAGAAUGGAACAACAGGUGUCUAUACAUUCUAUAUAGGUUGAGUGGUAACGUGAAUGGACUGUAAUACUCAUUUCUAUCGUCGAUGGAUUACGAAACUCAGACAAUUGAAAAAAAGGAAGGUAUCAUUGACACGAAUUCAUUUUCUCUUUCUAAAUCUGUGACAUCCACAGUGUAGGGAAAAGGAGAGCAGAAGCAAAAAGAAUCUUAAUCAAAGCCGCGCGUUCAAGUCGAAACACGUUCGAGGGAAAUAAAAGACGACAUCUAGGGGGAAGAAGAUCGAAACACGUUAGAGGAGGACAAAAGCACGCGGUUGUGGUUUUUAGAUACUGUCAGCGAGCGUUGCAAGCGGUGGGAAAAAGUAUAGCACGAAUGGGGAACGAGAGGCAGGCGAGGACACGAAUAGUUGAAGUUGAAAGCCAGAGGACAGGAGAAAUGUCUGUAAGGCAAAAAUAAAGGUAGAAUUAUAAAGAACACGUUUAAACCUGUACUAGCGGGUAGCAUUACUAGGUGGUAGGGCGAGAGGGGGUGGUGGGGAAAAAUUGGUGAAUCAGUGGUGGGGUUAGAUUGAAGAGUACGAAACAGAACUCUGAAAGAGUAUGAAAGACAUAAAGAAAAAGCGAUAAAUGGAGGAUGAAAGAGGAAAAGAGUACACGUAGAAUGUACGGAAAGAGAGAUACGUAGUACGUAAAAGAGUACUCGAUCGAAACAGAGGAAAGAGAAAGGUGUGCAGUGAAAAAGGCACGUAUAGGUGUAUUAUAUACGUAUGUGGUGGUAAGCGAGAGGCGGGAACGUGGAUGGAAAAAAAAGGAAGAAGAGGAGGAACAGAAAGAAAAGAAGCGUGAACUGUGAAGUUUUGGAUGAAGUGUAUGAGAUAGUAAGGGAGGUUGAAGAAGAAAGAAGGAAGGUGCGUUACAUCCUGGAGUCCGAUGUUCAGAGUCGUACGAUGGCCGGGGCUCUGUCCGAGAAUGCCCCAAGGCCUGUCAGUGUCGUCGCGGUAGGCGGUGCAACCGUUGACAAUGCAAGGAGUAACCAGCUUAGCAGACCGCAGGAGUCGCGGGACAAUGCGCGGUCUUUCACUUCAACGGAGGCACAAACGGAGCUACCGCUGCAAAAUGGUCCAGAGGCGUUGGAGGAUCUCGACGGCGUUCGCGGUGCUCGUCGAAGAGAGAGGCGAUUGCGAAGGCAACAUCGUCGAGCCUUGAGAUCAUGCUCGAUGCCACCAUCUUAUCCUGGGACGUCGACGGGAUGUCAGGCUUCCUCUACAGCACCGGGUGUACCUUUGGUCACUCCUACCAGAGGAUUUCUACAUCUUCCACCGCCCCAUUUGGGCCUUAGGGGUCUUAGUCUUGGACUACCGUUUCCGGUCUCUACCAGCGUCUCUGCUUUUGGACGGGAUGCAGUACCGAAGCAGUGUUGUGGCCUCGGUUCCCCUCCUGUACGUUGGUCCAUACUGGGUGUCGGAGUAGUUGGCCUGGUGUGCGCGGGUGCUGGUGCUCUGCUGGGGGCCCUCAGGGCUUCUGGUCGCGAUCACAUCGCUGUCGCGCUGCUUAUGAUCGGUAUAGGAGUGAUUCUGGUAACUGUGAGCGCUGUAGCGUGGCGAGUGACCAGUCAAGAAAAUUGUGGUAGUUUCUUUGGUUUCACGGGGAUCUCGAGCAGGAUCCCGCCGGCGAGGCCAAUUCAUCCGUACGCUGCCAUGAUUUAUCCGGAAUUCCAAUUUAGAACGCCACCUCCGAGUUAUCAGGCGAGUAUGCAAGAGUACAGGCUUCGACUGCUCCUUCUGGAUCGACUGCAGCCAACGUCCUCACCUCCGCCGACCUACAGAUCCAACGCUGGAAGCAUUGUGACUCCCGGCACGACUAGAGAAAGCAGACCGCCGAGCUAUUGCACUAGAUCGAACAUUGCAUCGAACACGAAUGUCACGCCAUCGAAGAAGGACGCGAAUCUGGUCAGGAUCGUUCAGACAGAAUCAGAACCAGUCAUUUUGAGCGGUGAUCAAACACCUCCAGUAGCAGCUGUCGAAGUUCUUGCGCAUCUUUGAUUCAUUCCCAUACUUUUCCUGUAAUUACGUUAUUUAUCGUUAUUGUCGGGAUGAUAUUGUUGCAAUUAGUCUAAACAAUGGCGUUAUACCGGACGAUUUAAUAAAAAGAAUAAUGUCUGUCGUGCAAUACAACUAUUAGAUUGUUCCAUAAGCAAUGAACAUUUUGGAAGAUGAUUUUUAAUAUCAAUUAUCGUGAUUGCAACCUUCUUUUCUAUUAUUCCUUCCUAACUAUUAGCUUCUAAAAGUUUUUUACAUUCUAACAGAACAAAAACCUUCUCUUUUAUGAAAUCUAAAUGUAAUGAAUAUUUUGGAACAUGAUCUUUAAUGCUAAUUAUCGUGAUUGUAAGCUUUUUUUUAACUAUUGAUUCCCAAUGAUUCUUAAUGUUCUAUUACGAUACAAGUCUUCCCUUUUAUGGCCAAAAUGUUCUAAGAAUAUUUUACUAUUCAGGAAAUUUGAAGCAAAUAGCGCAUAUAAACGAAUAUCAGCUGUUCUCCUAAAAAUUAAUUUAGUGACAAUACAACUUAUGGAAUGAUCUGACACAUCACAUGUGUUCAUCUUCUCUAAAUACUAUUAUCGCACAAAUAAUUCGAGUUAUUUUAAAUAAUGGUAGAUAUCUGUGAAUAUUAAAGAAGUGUUAGACGGUGUAGAGUUGCCGAUGGAGGAGCAACGGACUUUCUCUGAGAAUGGGGUUUGCUUAAAUAUGUAACGGAACGGUAAAUAGAAGCGCUUUUGCGUUGCGCGGCUGCUGAAAGAGUCGUGCCAUUUGCAGUCGCUGGUAAAUUAGCGUUGCUUCCGGUCAAAAUGUAUUAUUAACCAUCACAUAGGACUAUUAUCGUUAGGUAGGUGGUAAAUAGGGAAGAAGAAAGCAGCACUAAUGACAAGAAACAUAAGUAUAAGCGUUUAAUUGUAAGGAAAUAUUUUUGCAAACGGUGAUGAGGUGGGAUAAUACCUAAAGUAUUGUAUUAUCGAUAUGAAUAUUUCGUUGCAUAAAUAUUUUGGAAGCUUUGAGAUGCGAAAUCAUGUUACUUUGAUAUCCGUUUUAACGUGUCUCGCCAAAAGCUAUAAACCUAGAAGAUAUACGGCUUUUGUUCAUUCGAAAUGAUUAAGAAACCGUAAUCGUCUUAGAGAUAUAUUUAUUCCGUGCAAGGGGAGCCAAUAUUUCUUGGAUUAUCACUCUGUAUAUAACAACGUUGAAAUUUACUACUGUAUCGUAUUUUCGAUUUUAGAUUUGUAAAAUAUUCGCGUAAAUAGAGAUUAUGUAUAUUCCGAAAGGAUGCGUGAGAUAAAACAUGUUAAUAAUUUGUAUCCUUAAUGUGCCGGUAAAAACUUUUAAGGUCUUCCUCUUGUUACAAUUAUUCAUGUCAGAUUUAUGAAAAAUGAAAAUUCGAAAAUUCGAUGAAGUUAUGAAUUAGUGUAUACAUAAUAGGCUUGUAAUGUACUUGGAAAUAUCGACAUUGUUCAAAAAAUUGUGACAUACUAUAGAACGGUCUUGAAACAAUUGCAAAUUUCAUUAAGAUUGUUCGAUAGUAUGUCUCUGUCAGUUUUAUCUUUUCUAUCGGAUUUUGAAAUUAUUUUAAUACGUGUAUUGGCCAAGCCUGUUUAUAUAAAUGAUAAUAUUGACAAAAAUUUGAAAUCUACAUGAAUUUGUCGAAUUAGCAGGAAACAUGAUGUAUGAGUGACAAAUAAAUAAAGUAGCUUUAAAGAUAAGUGCUGCCUCUAGCUUUAACGCCAUACGGUUAUAUUUACUACUCGCUUAAUUAUUGUGACUUCUUUCGACAACGUAUCGUCGAAAGAAAUAAAAGAAUCUUGUGAGUUGCAUACAACAAUAUAUACAUAUUUUUGUAACUAUAAUUUGAUGGUUAAAAACAAGUAUUAUACGCGUUACGAUACUGUUGGUUUUGAUAUACAGUAAUAAAAUUGCUGUUGUUUCGAUCCAUAAUAUUAUAGCUCUUUGAUAUAUUUUUUAAAGUGAAGAUUAUUUCAAUUUAAACUUUAACGAUUCAUUUAUUACAACUGGAUAGACCUCACACAUUCUUUCAAAUAUUGUACAGUCUAAGGUAAAGAGAAAAGAAAGACUCUUUUGUUAUUAAAAAAGUUAGCAUCGUGAAAUAUUUAUAAAUUAUUAUUACACUUAUAUAUUGUAUUAGUUUGACUUAUAUUUUCUUGUUAAUUCUAUCUUUAAUUCUUCAAACUUAUAGUAGCAUUUAUUGUCAUCGAUGUUAGCAUCGAUGUCGAAAAUAUUUUUAACAUAUUUUGGGGAACACAUUCUAUAUAAACUUAACAUUUGUUUCUCGAUGAGCUAUCUUAUAUUAUGUGGUUGUCAAUCUUUUACUGUAUGUACAAUACCGACGGAAUUAAUAGUAAAUAGGAUUAUAAGAGUGGUAAAUACGAAGGCAAGAAUUUCGAAAGGCGGCCUUAACCAAACUCGCAAUGAUUCGUGAUAUGAGAAUAGAUCAACUAAAAAUCAUCAAUUGAAUGAGUAUAUUGUUCCUUGAUAUUAUUGUAGAACAAUUUGUAUAUAUACAAGAACAAAUAUAUUUAUCUGACUUA